UAUUGCAGAUUGUAAACAGCAAUGGAGUGAAAAGACUGCACAAAAGAGUAGAACAAUCCAUGCUGAGGUACUCUACUCUUGAAAGAAGAGGCCUGGGAGUGGCUAAGCUGAGUAACGAGAUCCGGCGAUCAGACAGCCAGCCCUCCGGCGACUACGAGCCGCUGAACGAGGGCUGCGAGGCGCACUGGGAGGUCGUGGAGCGCAUGCUGUUCCUCUACGCCAAGCUAAACCCCGGCCAGGGCUAUGUGCAGGGCAUGAACGAGAUCAUAGGGCCCAUUUACCACACAUUCGCGACUGACCCCAAUUCUGAAUACCGACAACAUGCUGAAGCAGACUGCUUCUUUUGCUUUACCAACUUGAUGUCCGAAAUUCGUGACUUUUUCAUUCGCACCCUCGAUGAGACUGAAAGUGGCAUUAACUACAUGAUGAACCGACUCUGUGACUGUGUGAAAAAGAAUGGGCCCCAAGUUUGGCAUCGAAUGGAAGUGCAGGAGCUUAAACCCCAAUACUAUAGCUUCCGGUGGAUAACCUUACUGCUGUCUCAAGAGUUUUCUCUGCCAGACGUAGAAAGACUGUGGGAUUCCUUAUUCGCAGACCCGAUGAGAUUUGAUUUUCUUAUAUACAUUUGCUGUGCCAUGAUUUUACUCGUGGAAGACAGUUUGCUCAAGGGUGACUUCGCGUCAAACGUCAAACUGCUCCAAAACUUCCCGCCCAUGGACGUCUCGCUUAUACUGAACAGGGCUGUUGAGAUAUCGCACAGAUAAUACGCAACUGUUAAUUUGAGCGGCUACCGCAAAAACCGAAAUUCGCAAAUUGCGGGGAUCUUUCUCUUUUACUCCAACGAAGGCGUAAUUA